UGGGAAAAGAAAUAAAUAAACAAUGGAGAAAAUGGAUACCCAGCUUGCCUUGCAGGCAGUGGAGCGCCUACAGACCAAGCUGAAAGGCAGGGGCGAGGCUCCCGCGGAGGAGAAGCUGAGCGCGCUGAAGACUGUCCUCCAGAGCCCGCUCUUCCAUCAGAUCCUCACCAUGCAGGCGUCUGGCCAGCAGGACAAGGAGAGCGCCUUGCUGUCUUCUCUGAGCAGCCCCCUGACCGGGGCGUGUCCCUCCCGCCUCCGCGCGCUGGCCCACAGCGAAUCGUACGAGCUGGCGCUGCGGAACGGCAGCCACGGAGUGCAGCCGGACUCCCCCAUAGCGUCAGCCUCACCGCGGGUCAACGGCGAACUGUCUGCCGACACAUCGGAGUGGGUCAUUCGCGCCAUGGCCCAGGGCCGGUACGUGACGCACAUCGAGCUCUCGAAGCCGGUCUCCGGCAAUCUGGGCUGCAGCUUUGUCGCCGUGAAGAGUGAGAGCGGAGGCGAGGGGGGCAUCUUCGUGCAGGAGAUCCAGACAGGCAGUGUCACGCACUGUGAUGGGAAGCUGAAGGAAGCCGAUCAGAUCCUGGCCAUCAAUGGUCAGCUGCUGGACUGGGUAGCCUCUGUACAACAGGUCACCAGCAUGCUGGAGGGUGCGUGGGAGAAGGUCGAGCUCACCGUGGCCAGAGGGCCCAUCCCAGAGACAGCCAGCCCUGCGAUAUCUCACAAGCUGCCGACAGCCCGCACCCCGCCCCUUUGUCCCAGCAAGAACCGCAGACAGGAAGUGGAAACCAUAGUGCUGGAGAAUAAUAGGACUGGCCUUGGCUUUGGCAUUGUGGGAAGGAAGCCUUCUGGCGUCAUGGUCAAAACCAUCCUGCCUGGAGGAAUAGCUGAUAAGGACGGGCGACUGCGCAGCGGGGACUGCCUCAUGAGGAUCGGUGACACUGACCUGUCGGGAAUGGGCUGCGACCAGGUGGCCCAAGUGUUGCAGCAGUGCGGCAGCAAAGUGAUUCUGGUAGUUUCAAGGGAAGUCCUGGACGAAACCUCUGAUUCCCCAAAGACGCCACCUCCUGUUUCCAAGCAGCAGAUGCUACCGGACUGAUGGGUCAUUUCCUGUUCCUCGCUGCAGGGAUUCGGAGAUAAAGAGGUGGAAGAGUUUGGCGUGGAGCUCACCAAAAACUCACGAGAAUUAGGGAUAAACAUCGCUGGCUACAUAGGGGACAGAAAUUCAGAACCUUCCGGAAUCUUUGUAAAGAGCAUAAUAAAGGGCAGCGCUGUUGAAAAAGAUGGCCGAAUAAAAGUUGGUGAUCAGAUCAUAGCUGUGGAUGGGACAGACAUCCAGGGCUACACCAAUGAGCAGGCAGUUGAGUUCCUAAGAAACAUAGGAGAGACGGUCCACCUGAAACUGGGGAGGAGGGGCAUCCAUCUGCCGGAGGCACUGACGUCAUCAGCACUGCUGACCGGACACGGGGACCGGCCGCCUGACCUCACUGUGGACGCAAUGCACACGGCCAGCACGCAAGGAGUCAAGUUGACUGCAGCUCAAGUUGAGGAACUGAAGAAGAAGUGGGAAAGUGUGAUUGGCCUCAGUAAUGAAGUAGUGAUUGCCCAGGUUGAGAAGUUCAGUGAGUGCAGCGGGCUGGGCAUCAGUUUGGAGACCAAUGCUGGCCACCACUACAUCUGCUCUAUCCUGCCCGAGGGGCCCGUGGGGCGCAGUGGCAAGAUCCUCACCGGGGACGAGCUGCUGGAGGUGAAUGGGGUUUGCCUCAUUGGUGAGACUCACAAGGAGGUGAUUAGCAUUCUGAAGGAGUUGCCUGUGUCUGUAUGUAUGGUGUGCUGUCGCCCCGCCCAACCAGUGUUGAGUGACAGCAGUUCUGGCCAAUCCAGCCUGGAGGCAAUAUGCGCUGUGGGUGGGGUGACUUCUCAUAAUGUCCGUAAUCCCGUCCUUAAGGUCCAGGGAGAGCUCGCAGGCCGCGUUGUGUGCCAUGAAACAGACGAUUCUCUGAAAGACCGCACGACAGAGGAAACUCGAGGAUCUCCGCUGGCCAUGUGGGAAGCGGAGAUACGAGUCAUUGAGCUAGAAAAGGGGGAUGCUGGCCUCGGCUUCAGCAUUUUAGAUUACCAGGACCCCUUGGACCCAGCGAAGACGGUGACAGUAAUCCGCUCGCUGGUGCCUAACGGGGUGGCGGAACUGGAUGGGCGUCUCCUCCCGGGCGACCGGCUGAUGUUCGUCAACAGCACCGACCUGCGCAACGCCAGUCUGGACGACGCCGUGCAGGCGCUGAAGGGGGCUGCCCCUGGCACGGUGCGAAUCGGAGUGGCCAAGCCUUUACCCAUUGAGACGAACGAUCUUGACCCGCUGAAUGAGAAGACGUUCGAACGUCACCACAACACUGUCCAGACAGUCAUGCUAGCUAUGCGUGGCAGCAACAGCACUGCGGAUUUGGACAAACAGAUAUCCUCUGCACAUAAGGAAGAACGGCGGAGCGAGGAAGCCAGUACCAUGGAGGGGUCUGAUAAGCAAAUCACCACUUCUGGAGCCCAUUUUGAGAGGACAAUUACAGUUGCCAAGGGCAACUCUAGUCUUGGGCUCACAGUGAGUGCCAUCAAGGAUGGCUCAGGGAUGAUAAUUCGCAGUAUCGUUCACGGCGGAUCCAUCAGCCGAGAUGGACGAUUGGGUGUAGGAGACAGCAUUUUAGCUAUCAAUGGAGAGCCCACCGCGAAGCUGACCAAUGCCCAGGCAAGGGCCCUGCUGAGGCGGCAGUCUCUCGUUGGCCCAGAUAUCAGUGUCACCUACGUCCCUGCGGAGCUCCUGAAGGAGUACAGAGCCGCCAUGGGGCACCUGGAAGAGGAGGACGUCACGGUGGACGCACCUCACGCGCUACGGAGGAAGAUCCCUGAAAUUCCAGAGAGAGAGGAGGUGGAGGGAGAGGAGAGAGAACUGCAGAGCAUUGCCCACAGCAACUGGAACCAGCCCAGGAAAGUGGAGCUGUACAGAGAGCCGGGGAAGUCUCUGGGCAUCAGCAUCAUGGGGGGGCGGGGGAUGGGCAGUCGCCUCAGCAACGGCGAGGUGAUGAGGGGAGUCUUCAUCAAACACAUCCUGGAGGACAGUCCAGCGGGCAGGAACGGAACGCUGAAGAUAGGGGACAGGAUUGUGGAGGUGGGCGGAGUGGACCUGAGGGAGGCCAGCCACGAGCAGGCGGUGGAGGCCAUCCGCAAGGCGGGGGACCCCGUGGUGUUCCGGGUGCAGAGCGUCGCCGACUCUCCCCGGGUGAGUCUCACGCCUGGCUCGGCAGUUCUGAGGACUCCGGCUCCCCAGAACUUCUGUGACCAUCUGUUCGUCGCGCUUCUUCCUUUUCACCGCCGGGCGACUGCGCUCUGGCCGCCUCCCGUUCGAGUCGCCACCUCAUCAGCUACUGAUGCCAAUGGUGAGAAGACAGCUGUAGCAUCAGACACAAACACAAGUGACAAGGGAGCUGAGUAUCAGAGUAGAUUAUUCCUCUGCUUCUCUCCAGCUAACCCCUUUACCCCUACUCCUUUUAAGGUUUUCCAGAGGGAUUGUGGGAAGAUCUCCCCUCCCACCCCCCGACCUGUGAGGCAUCCCGUGGUCCCCCAGACAGGGGACACAAACAUGGGCACGCUGACGGAGGCCCCACGCAGGCUAGCCCUGCCACUGAAGCUACCAGGGGAAGAGGAGGAUGAGUUUGGCUACAGCUGGAGGAAGAUGAUCCAGAGGUACGGCAGCCUGCCGGGGGAGCUCCACAUGAUCGAGCUGGAGAAAGGCCAGGAGGGCCUGGGCCUGGACCUGGCCGGGAACAGGGACCGGUCCAGGAUGAGCGUGUUCGUGGCGGGGAUCGACCCGGACGGGGCUGCGGGCAGAGACGGUCGCAUCAGGGUGGGAGACGAGCUGCUGGAGAUAAAUGGCCAAAUUCUGUAUGGUCGCAGCCACCAAAAUGCCUCCUCUAUCAUCAAGAGAGCACCUUCGAGAGUAAAAAUUGUUUUUAUCAGGAACACAGAGGCUGUGAACCAGAUGGCUGUAGGUCAAGGUAAAGAGUACGGGGACAUGCUGGAGUCCCGAACUGAGCUGGACAGGUGCUCUGUCCUGUCACCAUCAGCAGUAAAUGUGGACGUGUUCAAAUGUGUCCAGCAUAUAAUAUUGCCCAGGGAUCCAGGUGGAUUUGGGAUCGACAUCAGCGAAGAGGACGCAGGGAACGGGGCGGUGGUCAGAAGCCUGUCAGAGCAAGGGGCAGCGAGGAAGGACGGCAGGAUUAAGGCCGGAGAUAAAAUUCUGGCUGUGGACGAUCAGGCCGUUGUAGGACUCCCUGUGGAGAAGGUCAUCAGUCUACUGCAGAGGGCCAGGAGCAAGGUGAAGCUGACCAUCUGCGCGGAUGACUCACUCCCACCCUCCUCCUCCUCCUUUCUCUCCUCUUCCUCCCCCACCAUCCAUCCGGCGAGGGGAGUGUCUGACGGGCGGAUCGCCAGCGUCCCCGUCCGCCCUCUCCUUUACGAGGGGACCCCAGGCGCGGAGCCCGUCAGAAGUGCCAGCAGGUCAUCCACUCCCGCCAGCGUGACGUCUGACCCCCUGACCUGCCCCAUCGUCCCUGGCUGCGACACCACCAUCGACAUCUUCAAGGGCCACGCCGGCCUCGGCCUGAGCAUUGUGGGGGGCUGUGACACCCUGCUGGGGGUCAUCAUUAUUCACGAAGUCUACGAAGAGGGCGCCGCUGCCAAAGACGGGAGACUGUGGGCCGGCGAUCAGAUACUGGAGGUCAACGGCAUCGAUCUGAGGAUCGCCACGCACGACGAGGCCAUGAACGUCCUGAGACAGACGCCGCAGAGGGUGCGUCUGACCGUGUUUCGGGAGGAGACCCAGUACAGGCACGAGGACUUGUGGGACGUCUUUUCCAUGGAGCUCUCCAGAAAGCCUGGACAAACGCUAGGCCUCGGCGUGGUGGGGAAAAGGAAUGACACGGGCGUCUUUGUGUCGGACAUUGAGAAAGGAGGCGCUGUAGAUGUGGAUGGCAGACUGACACAAGGGGACCAGAUCCUCUCGGUGAACGGCGAGGAUGUCCGCGCGGCUACACAGGAGACUGUGGCCACUAUGCUUAAGUGUUGUGCAGGGACAUUAAACCUGGAGGUGGCGAGAUUUAAAGCAGGACCCUGUCAUUCAGAAAGGAGCCUCUCUGUCUGCAGCCAGAUCAGUGAAACGAGCAGCUGUGGAGUGACUCCUCAUAGUUUCUCUGGAUCUGGGAGCCUCCAAGGGGAAUCUGAUAACAGACACAGAAGUGACAACUCGUUGGAUGACUAUCUAGAGAUCAGGACCGUGGCGUUUACGAAGGUUGGAUUUCCGGGGCCCACAGACUCUCUGGGAUUCAGCAUUGCAGGCGGGGUGGGGAGCCCCCUGGGGGAUGUCCCGCUCCAUAUCUCUGCGGUCCACCCCACUGGACCGGCUGCGCAGUUCCAGUCCCAGAAGCUGAAAAUCGGGGACAGGAUUGUUAGCAUCUGCGGAACGUCCACCGAGGGCAUAAGUCAGGACCAGGCUGUCUCCCUGCUGAGGACCGCCUCAGGCACCAUCAAGCUGCAGGUCAGUGCCAGACGUCUGCUCCUCAGGCUGCCUUCAGUGCUGUCAGGGGGUGAUGCCAGUGUAACAGGGUAUCCUGAGGAUCAGCUGGACACCAGUGUGUUUCGAAGUGACCUGGGCCCCCUUCAGUACAAGACAAUUGUGCUGGACCGAGGGUCGGACGGGCUGGGCUUCAGCAUUGUCGGUGGUUUCGGCAGCCCGCACGGAGACCUGCCCAUUUACGUGAAGUCUGUGUUUGACAAAGGAGCUGCCUCCAAAGAUGGCCGUCUCCAGCGCGGUGAUCAGAUUGUGGCUGUGAACGGACAGGGCCUGGAGGGUGUCACUCAUGACGAGGCUGUGGGGAUACUGAAGAGGACAAAAGGAGCUGUCACUCUUACUGUGCUGUCAUAA